GGAACCUUUCACAAGGGAAGAAGCAAUUCAGUUGUUAGCCAUUUUCUAACUAGCUUUAUAUCUUUACAACUCUAGUCGGCAGACUUUUUAUUAGCUGAUCGCAGUCACUGUCCAAAGUACGAGCUGUUUCGAAAUAACGAAAGCGAAAGAGUUUUCUUAUUAACAUCGGGAAUAAAACCAAGUGCCACGAAUCCAGAGAUUUGCUUCAAUUUUGUAUUUUUUUUUUCCGUGUAGCAGAGAAUCGGUUAACGGAGGGUUAUUUAGAGUGAAGCCGGUCGAUAAGGACGAUCAGACAGACGGAUUGAUUAAAAAUAAAUCCAUCUAGUCCCGCGGAAAGGACACCUUGAAAAACAGAAGGGAUGAGAGGACUUUGUGUUUUGCGGAGAGCUGACGGGGUCGUGGUCUGUCUCCUUCUCCUGGUUUACUCUGCACACGCAGAUGAUUUUAAAGUCGAAGUCCCAGUUGAACCCGUGUCUGCCAGUGUGGGGAGCAGCGUGAUUCUUCCCUGUCGCAUCUCCAAAGGCGUCAGCGCCGUGGACAUGGAGGUGAGGUGGGUGAAAAACAAGAAUGAAAUCGUGCAUGUCUACACAAACAGAGCCGACCUGGAAGGCCGGCAGAGCCCAGAAUUCAAAGGCAGAACUCACCUGGAUAAAGAACCACUGGGAUCCGGGAACAUGUCUCUACAGCUGAACGAUGUCAGAGUCUCGGAUGAAGGAAGCUAUCAGUGUUUCGUAGUUGCAAAGAGCUGGUUCGCUGACUCCACCAUGAAAUUAAAGGUCUUAGCGCUCGGGAGCUCCCCGCGCUUCACUGUGGUUGGCUGGCAGGACAGUUCCAUCACUCUGCAGUGUGACUCGGAGGGCUGGUUUCCUAAGCCGGAGCUGCAGUGGAGGAAUGUGAAGGGUGCUGAUUUAACAGGGAGGGCUGUUCUCACUGAGAAGCCAGGAGCAGACGGGCUCUUCACUCUCCAGAGCGCUCUGCAGAUAUCGGAACAGGAGGCCGACGGGAUCAUCUGUCUUAUCAGACACGGGGAGGAGAAGAGAGUCCUACAGACUCGAAUCCACAUCGACGGUGAAUUCUUCACGCUGGUCGCCCCCUGGUGGAAGGGCUUGUCAGUGUUUUUAAUAGUUUGUGUAACAGCUUUCGUAGUCCUCGUCGUUGUGGGCGUGUACAACUACAAGAACCUCAAAGAUUCUCAGGCAAUGGCUGAACAGAGUCACGAAGCAGAGUGUGAUGAUCUUCGUAAAGAAUUAAAAUCUCACGGAUUUGUCCUCAAAUCAGAAUGGGAGGCGAUUCAAAGAGAAUCAGUGGCUGUGACUCUGGAUCCUGAUACAGCACACUGUCGUCUCACUGUGUCUGAAGAUGGGAAACGAGUGAGAAAUGACUUCAAUGACAAGACUCUCCCCAACCCUGAACGGAGAUUUGAUCACCAUUGCAUUGUGCUGGGCAGGGAGGGGUUCACCUCAGGGAGAAACUACUGGGAGGUGGAGGUGGGGAAGAGGGAUAACUGGAAACUGGGUGUGGCCAGCGAGUCUGCCAAGAGGAAAGGACAUGUUGAUCUGAGUCCCAAGGAAGGUUACUGGGUGCUCCAGUUACUCAAUGGACGUGAUCUCAAUGCCUUGACCGACCCCGAUACCCCUCUCGAGCUGCUGCCCCCCAUGAAGGUCGGGGUGCAUCUGGAUUAUGAAGAGGGCAAGCUCUCUUUUUACAGGGUGGAGGAUCAUUUUGUUAUUUACACCUUCCUGGGGAAAUUCUCAGGGAAACUCUUCCCUUUAUUUAAUCCAGGAGAGGAAGGGUACGAACUUGUGAUCCUGAACAAACAAGAUCAAUCAGAUCAUUCCGUUUCAUCGAAGGCAGAGCCUCCCCACACCCCUGUGUAACUGUUCUCUUGUACCAGUUGCUUUGCAAGGGAAUUGAAAAUCCUAGGACCCUCCCAGUUUUAACUGAUGCCAUUUUAAAGGAAAGGACACUGUCCUGUCUUUUCAUUUCAGUACAGAUGUCGUCCCACGGCAGUGAAGAGGUUCAACUAAAUUGGGAAAACUCUCCCUUUAAAGUUGGCACCA